AUGGAUCCGAUCGGCACCAUGUCUUUUCCCUCGGGAGAACUCAGCUGGAAAAUGAAGCGCCUUACUGAGGUGCUUGUUGGCUUGCUACUUGCAUGUGGUGUUUGCGCCGACGCUGGGGUCGAGAAGCAAUCUCGUGGAGAUGUCGCACAACCAGCUUAUACCAAAGAGGUAGUCGUCUGGGUCAAUGAAAAGGGAGAGCGCAUCAGCACGGAAACACACUACGUUCCGGCCUUGGCCUCUGCAGUACAAGAGAAUCCAGCUCUAACUCUUCCAUCAAAGAAACCCCCAAUAUCAGUCCCAGCCACCGAUGUCUCCAACACACAGCCACCAAAUCUACUAUCCAAGAACAGCGACCCGAGCGAUCACCCUAGCCCAGUCAAAGGCAAACCCAAGAAUCUAGAAAACCCCGACGCACACCCCAAACCAGCUGUUCCUCAUCCACACCCUCAAAAGCACCCACACGCCCACUUCGGCAUCUCCUACUCCCCCUACAAAGCAGACCGCACCUGCAAGAACCAAGAAGAAGUAAACAAAGACCUAGACCGAGUCUCCGCAUACUCCUUCAUCCGUAUCUACGGCACAGACUGCGACCAAACAAGAACCGUAACCAACGCCGCACGCCGACACAACAUGCGCGUUUUCGCCGGCGUCUACGACCUAAACGGCUUCCCAGGAAGCCUCGACGCCUUUGGUGACGCAGUAGCAGGCCCAGACGGUAAAAAAGACUGGUCAAUCUUCCACACGAUCUCCGUCGGCAACGAGCUCGUAAACGGCGGCACCAACUCCCCCAGCGACGUCGUGUCAGCUGUCCAAACAGCACGUUCCGUGCUCCGCGCACAAGGCUACACAGGUCCCGUCGUCACUGUCGAUACCUUCUCUGUCCUCCUCGACCACCCGGAACUCUGCCAUGCCUCCGAUUACUGCGCUGCGAACUGCCAUGCUUUCUUCGAUGCUACGCAGCGGCCUGCUGGGGCUGGUGCGUAUGCGCUCGAACAAGCGCGUAGCAUCUCCGAGAGAGCCGGCGGGAAGCGUACUAUGAUCACCGAGUCUGGGUGGCCGCAUGCUGGGGAUGCGAAUGGAGCUGCUAUUCCUUCCGUGGAUAACCAACAGGUGGCUAUUGCGAGUUUGAGGAAGAGCUUUGAUCAUCGGAGGGAGGAUCUGGUGCUUUUUACUGCUUUUGAUGAUUUGUGGAAGGAUGAUAACAUGUAUACCUUCAAUGCGGAAAAGUUUUGGGGGAUUCAUGGGGAUUUAUAA